AGCACAGAUGGAUACUAACUGCUUCUCACUGUUUCUUCAAUACGAAUUACACUUCACAAGAUUUAGACGUUAUACUCCACGCAGAUUUGUUAGAUCUCCUCUACCUCGAUAAUGCAGAUGCUGACGCCAUUCUAGGGAAGAAAGGGUCCAUACAAGGGCCAGGUUGGGACAAGAAGGAGAAAUCAGACAAAGAUGAACAUGCACAACGCUACGAAAUCGAGAGGGUUAUCUUGCAUCCACUUUACACCAAAAAGUGAGGUAUGAUUAUGACAUUGCACUGGUUCAAAUCAAACCCAAGAUUGAUUUAUCUUCCAUGAAUGCACCCACGCCAAUUUGUCUCCCGAGGGUGGGCAAUUACAAGAAAAUUUUUACCGGACUUAAUGUCACUGUGGCUGGAUGGGGAAAAGCCCACGAGAAAGCUGGUGCAUCGACGAGAAAACUUCAGAAACUUGAAGGAAUGCCGAUCCUCGAUUUUGAAAAAUGUGUCGAAAUGACGCCUAAGUUUAAACUGACGGAUCGAAUGCUGUGUGCUGGGUUUGUUGAAGGUGGAAGAGACGCUUGCACGGGUGACUCGGGAGGACCUCUAGUUUAUCAGGAGGCGCCGAAUAGAUACCGCCAAAUCGGCGUAGUGUCUUUUGGGGCUGGAUGCGCGAGAAGAAAGUCGCCCGGAAUUUACUCUAAAUUAACGGACUUGUCACAAUGGGUUAUCUACCAUACGAGUCAAGUUAAUCCGUACUGGUGCAGGGAUACCUACUCGUCAGGCGACUCAUAAAUAAAU